GUAUAUUAAGUAUUAUAUUGUCAAUCAAAACCUAUGUUAUCACAUUGUGUGUACAAACAUUAUCAGUGUGAUAUCAUCUGAUUUUUAAUCUUGAAAACAAAGAUGCAUUUAACCCUGACCUUAGUGUGGACAACUGCUUAAUAUAUAGUUCAAGUAAUUCAGAAUGGCUUUCUGCUAUAGGAUGAUGAUGCUCAGGUUAAUAUUAUUAACAUCCAUUCUGUACUCAGUAAAUGCAGCCUACAAAAGAGAUCCCUGUCCAUCUCCGUGCCGUUGCUAUGAAUUCCUGGGUGUUCAAUCUGCAUAUUGCAAUAAUACAGGGAUAACUUCCGUACCUCAAGGAAUUCCGGAAAAUACGCAACUUCUCGAUUUGUCAGCCAAUCCCAUCCCUUACAUCAAAGUUGGUGCAAUCAACAAUCUACCAAAUUUACAAUACAUUGUUUUGAAUAACAUGGGGUAUCAUGAGGAUAGCAUAGAAUUUGGUUCUCUUGAAUUACCUAAUCUUACAGAUAUCGAUUUAGCCCUUAAUGCCUACACAACAAUACCAAAAUCUCUUCCAAAGAAGAUGACUUCUUUGAUGAUGAAUGAUAAUCAAAUCAAAGUGCUGAAAGCCGACAGUUUUAAUGGAUAUCCUAACCUUCAGUCUUUGCUUAUAGAUUUCAAUAAACUGAAUAAAAUCGAGGCAGGCACUUUUACCCCUGCCGUAGCUCUUCAAGAACUUUCUAUACGAUUCAACAAGCUAACAGAUGACAGCAUCCCUCGUGGACUGCUCUCCAAAAAUCUGAAUCUUACCCAGUUGGAAAUGAGGUUCAAUAACUUCGAACACGUCAUACCAGAUUUACCUGCGUCGGUUCAGUACGUAGAUUAUGUUGGAAAUCAUAUCACCGAGCUACCAGCUUACUCACUGCAAACAACACCAAACCUUACCUCAUUCGAGGCGUGGCAAGGACAGAUGACCACACUACAAGACAAUGCUUUUUACGGCUUGCACAAACUUACUCUUUUGGACUUUAUGCAAAACAAGAUUUCCUCUGUCUUAACUAAAGACACUUUUAAUGGUUUGACAGGACUACAAACACUUUAUCUGGACUCAAAUAACAUCAGCAAAAUAGAACCUGGAGCAUUUCGUUCAUUCAAAUCUUUAUCAUCAAUGUGGCUUCAGGCAAAUCAGUUGACCGUUCUUGAACCGGAAGUUCUAGAUGUCAAAUAUAUUCCGAAGCUCUCGGAACUAUAUAUAGAUACCAAUCCGUGGUAUUGUGACUGUCAUCUGCGCUGGCUACGUGAGAAAGUCAAUAACGCCUCGUACGUAAUUCAAGAUCCACAUUUGAUCACGUGUGCUGGACCAGCAAAAGUGGCGGGAAAAGCAUGGGAUGUGCUUCAACCUAGUGAUUUUGUUUGUCCAUAGAAAAUGUCAAGUUCAUGACAUGUAUUGUAAAAGAUAUUUUCCUCAUAUUGUCACCUUAGUGCAGUAAUAGGUUAACUCCCAUUAAAUUGUAUAAGGAGUUAACCUGUUACUGCAUUAAGGUGAUGAAUAUAUGCUAUUGUAUGUAUAAUAAUGAUUAUCUCCAAUUGCAAAAAAGAAUAAAAUGUGUUAAAAAAUAUAGAAGUGUCAAAAUAAAUAUCAUAUCACAUCAUCGCUCUGAAGGGAGAAAAUUAAACUGAAAUAUGGAAAACCCUCUUCAAAGACCAUUGGGAAGGCAAAUGUUUUGAUUGAUUGAUUUGAUAUUGAGGUUUAACUUUUACUGAAAUCUAACUGUUGGAAGAACAGUUUUGCUUUACAGAGUGCCUCUCUGCAGAGAGAGGCACAGGUUGCAUUGUAUUAUCACUGCAGCUUAUAUAGGAAUAGUGGAAGUGCUUUGUUUAAGUUGGUCUUCAAAAGUCAUAUAGUUACCCAAAUGCACAUACACACACACACACAAGCGCACGCAGGCACACACACUAUAAUUAUGAUACUGUACAUUCGUAAGGUCAAUUUAUUUGACAGCCAUGAUGAUUAUAUUACCUAUUAUAUUACCUCAUAAUACACACAGGUGAUGCAAAUUUAUGAAUUAAUUUCUAUUUUAAUUAAGAAAAGCAAUAAUUUUUAUUGUGCUUUAUCAUGAAUUCAUUAAAAGAUACUUUUGAUAGGUUAUAUGGCUGUUUAUUAAAGAUUAUUUUUAAUAUAACCCUUCCCUAGGUUUGGUUAUAUAAUUUCACAAUCAUUUAUACUGGGCCAUAUAACCUGGUCUAAACAAAAAAUUUAACUAAUAACAUAUACGCCGC